AUGACUGGUGUGCAGAAUCCUGACGCGUUAUGGGACCGCACAUCGCUCACACACACACUCCACGUCCCUGUAUGGCUAUCACCGCAAGCCCAGAUGUACCUCAUUAAUGUCGUCUCUACUCGGUUUCCGUCGCUGCUUGAAGACAAUGAUGGUGACCAGUCGCCGUCUACGCUACUUCCGGCCAUACCUACGCAUACACGACUUCUCUCUGCGCCCACCAUGCCAAGCCGGAGGACACUCUUUCCGAUGCCUCCGCUAUCCGUUCUACCACUGACUCCAACGCUACAGCCAUUCGAUAGUUGUGAGCGAACGUGCACGCGCAGCUCGUCUAGCCACUGCGUGUCCUACCCUCGAGCGCUUCGUCUUUCCGAAUAG